GGCGGUGUUCGGCGGCGGCCGCGGCGGUUAUGCCGGACGGGGGCAGCGCAGUUAUUGUCUGAGAGCUGGGCCUCGGCGGCGCGGGGGGCGGGGAAGCGACGGCUCGGCGUGGGGGUUGGGCUGGAGACGGACCUUUAAUCCCGCUUUUACCGUGUUCCUCGGGGCCGCCGCGGGCGCGGGAGCGGCCGCGCCACCGCCGAGGGACCAAUCGCCUCCGCCCGCCGCCUCGGUGUGAGCGAGACCCGCAGGCCGGGCCUGCCUGAGCCGCCGCCGCCGCCCAGCCUCGAGUUUGAGAGCGGCCGGCGGACGAGCUCCUUGUGCGGGCUCGGCGCGCCGGGGCGGCCCGGCCCCGCGCACGCGGAGCGGGGGGUGAUUCGCGACUUUGUAAUACUCGGCUGCGCUCCUCAGCAUGACAUAGACGCCGGGCCGGGACCGAGGGGAGUGGGAGCCUGGUGCCAAGGCGGUGGGUGUGCGUGCAAGGGGGAUCUUGAGCCAGCUGUGUGUGUGUGUGCGCGCGCGCGCGCAAGGGGGGGGGGAAAGCCCGAGCCGUGUGUGUGUGUGUGUGUGUGUAGGGGCUGGAAGAGACUGAGCCAGCUGUGUGUGUGUGUAUUGUUUGAGGUCAGGGGUGAAGCCCAGUUUCGGCCCCGGUCCUUUUAGCUCUUCCUUAUUUAUAUUGAGGCAACGGGGAGAAAAUGGCUAAAUCCGGAGGCGGUGGCGGUGGCAGCGGGGGACUAACCUGGGUGACUCUAUUUGAUAAUCAGAACAAUGCUUCAAAAAAAGAAGAGUCAGAAAACAUUAGUAAAAAUGAUAGUUCAAAGAAGAUGUCAGUUGAGAGAGUUUAUCAGAAAAAGACUCAACUUGAGCAUAUCCUCCUCCGUCCUGAUACGUACAUUGGAUCAGUGGAACCUUUAACUCAGUUAAUGUGGGUUUAUGAUGAAGAGGUCGGAAUGAAUUGCAGAGAAGUUACCUUUGUCCCAGGCUUGUACAAGAUCUUUGAUGAAAUUCUUGUAAAUGCCGCUGACAAUAAGCAGAGGGACAAGAAUAUGACCUGUAUUAAAAUUUCCAUUGAUCCUGAAUCAAACAUUAUUAGUAUCUGGAAUAAUGGGAAAGGAAUUCCAGUUGUGGAACACAAAGUAGAAAAAGUGUAUGUUCCUGCUUUAAUUUUUGGACAGCUGUUAACAUCUAGCAACUAUGAUGAUGAUGAGAAAAAAGUUACAGGUGGUCGUAAUGGUUAUGGUGCAAAACUUUGUAAUAUAUUCAGUACAAAAUUUACAGUUGAAACUGCUUGCAAAGAAUACAAACACAGUUUCAAACAGACUUGGCUGAACAAUAUGAUGAAGACUUCUGAUCCCAAGAUUAAGCAUUUUGAAGGCGAUGACUUCACAUGCAUCACAUUCCAACCAGAUCUUUCUAAAUUUAAGAUGGAAAAGCUUGACAAGGAUAUUAUGGCCCUCAUGACAAGAAGAGCUUAUGAUUUGGCUGGGUCAUGCAAAGGGGUCAAAGUUAUGUUUAAUGGGAAGAAACUACCUGUAAAUGGAUUCCGGAGUUACGUAGAUCUUUACGUAAAGGACAAGUUGGAUGAAACUGGAGUUGCGCUCAAAGUUAUUCAUGAACUUGUGAAUGAACGAUGGGAUGUGUGUCUCACUUUAAGUGAAAAAGGGUUUCAGCAAAUCAGCUUUGUAAACAGCAUCGCUACCACAAAGGGUGGUAGGCAUGUUGAUUAUGUAGUGGAUCAGAUUGUUGGUAAAUUGAUAGAGGUGGUGAAGAAGAAAAACAAAGCUGGAGUUUCAGUGAAACCAUUUCAGGUGAAGAAUCAUAUAUGGGUUUUUGUGAAUUGCCUGAUUGAAAAUCCAACUUUUGAUUCUCAGACAAAGGAAAACAUGACCCUUCAGCCUAAAAGUUUUGGGUCCAAGUGCCAGUUAUCAGAGAAAUUUUUCAAAGCAGCCUCUAAUUGUGGUAUCGUAGAGAGUAUUCUGAACUGGGUCAAAUUCAAGGCACAGACUCAGCUGAACAAAAAAUGUUCAUCAGUGAAGCACAGUAAAAUCAAGGGCAUUCCAAAACUAGAUGAUGCUAAUGAUGCUGGUGGCAAACAUUCUUUGGACUGCACGUUGAUUUUAACAGAAGGAGACUCUGCUAAAUCUUUAGCUGUAUCUGGCUUAGGGGUCAUUGGACGAGACAGAUAUGGGGUAUUCCCACUCAGGGGUAAAAUCCUCAAUGUUCGGGAAGCUUCUCACAAGCAGAUUAUGGAAAAUGCAGAAAUCAACAACAUUAUCAAAAUAGUUGGUCUGCAGUACAAGAAAAGCUAUGAAGAUCCAGAAUCUCUAAAAUCCCUGAGAUAUGGAAAGAUUAUGAUCAUGACUGAUCAGGAUCAGGAUGGAUCUCACAUAAAAGGCCUGUUAAUCAAUUUUAUUCAUCACAAUUGGCCAUCUCUUUUGAAACAUGGUUUCCUUGAGGAAUUCAUUACUCCCAUUGUAAAGGCAAGCAAAAGUAAGCAGGAACUUGCCUUCUACAGUAUCCCUGAAUUUGAUGAGUGGAAGAAACAUAUGGAGAAUCAUAAAGCAUGGAAGAUAAAAUACUACAAAGGUUUGGGUACCAGCACUGCUAAAGAAGCAAAGGAAUACUUUGCUGACAUGGAGAGGCAUCGAAUCUUAUUCAGAUAUGCUGGUCCUGAAGAUGAUGCUGCCAUUACACUAGCCUUCAGUAAAAAGAAAAUUGAUGACCGAAAAGAGUGGUUAACAAACUUCAUGGAAGACAGACGACAGCGUCGGUUACAUGGCCUUCCAGAGCAAUUUCUGUAUGGUACAGCAACAAAGCAUUUGACUUACAAUGACUUCAUUAACAAGGAGUUGAUUCUCUUCUCAAACUCAGACAAUGAGAGAUCCAUUCCAUCCCUGGUUGAUGGUUUUAAGCCAGGGCAGCGCAAAGUUUUGUUCACCUGCUUUAAGAGAAACGAUAAACGUGAGGUUAAAGUUGCUCAGCUGGCUGGUUCUGUUGCUGAAAUGUCAGCUUAUCAUCAUGGAGAGCAAGCAUUAAUGAUGACUAUUGUCAACUUGGCUCAGAACUUUGUUGGAAGUAACAAUGUUAAUCUGCUGCAGCCUAUCGGUCAGUUUGGUACCAGGCUUCAUGGCGGGAAGGAUGCUGCCAGCCCUCGUUAUAUUUUCACAAUGUUAAGCUCUUUAGCACGGCUGCUUUUUCCUGCAGUGGAUGACAACCUGCUUAAAUUCCUUUAUGAUGAUAACCAGCGUGUAGAACCAGAGUGGUAUAUUCCCAUCAUUCCCAUGGUUUUAGUAAAUGGUGCUGAGGGAAUUGGUACAGGAUGGGCGUGUAAACUUCCUAACUAUGAUACCAGAGAGAUUGUGAACAAUGUCAGACGAAUGCUGGAUGGCUUGGAUCCCCAUCCUAUGCUUCCAAACUACAAAAACUUUAAAGGAACUAUCCAGGAACUUGGUCAAAAUCAGUAUGCAGUUAGUGGUGAAAUAUUUGUGGUGGACAGGAAUACAGUAGAGAUUACAGAGCUUCCAGUGAGAACAUGGACCCAGGUAUACAAAGAACAAGUGCUAGAACCUAUGUUGAAUGGGACCGAAAAAACACCAGCAUUAAUUUCCGAUUACAAAGAGUACCACACUGAUACAACUGUGAAAUUUGUUGUGAAAAUGACGGAAGAAAAACUUGCUCAAGCAGAAGCUGCUGGAUUGCACAAAGUCUUUAAACUUCAAACAAGUCUUACUUGUAAUUCUAUGGUGCUAUUUGAUCAUAUGGGAUGUCUGAAGAAGUAUGAAACUGUGCAAGAUAUUCUGAAAGAAUUCUUUGAUUUACGAUUAAAUUACUAUAGUUUACGCAAAGAGUGGCUUGUAGGAAUGUUGGGGGCAGAAUCUACCAAGCUUAACAAUCAAGCUCGCUUCAUUCUAGAGAAGAUACAGGGGAAAAUUACCAUAGAGAAUAGGUCAAAGAGAGAUUUGAUUCAAAUGUUAGUCCAGAGAGGUUUUGAAUCUGACCCAGUGAAAGCCUGGAAGGAAGCGCAAGAAAAGGCAGCAGAAGAGGAAGAAACACAGAAUCUGAAUGAUGAUACCUCCUCUUCUUCAGGCUCUACCUCAGGCCCUGAUUUUAACUACAUCCUAAACAUGUCUCUGUGGUGUCUUACUAAGGAGAAAGUAGAAGAUCUAAUUAAACAGAGAGAUUCAAAGGGGAGAGAACUCACUGACCUCCGGAGGAAGUCUCCUUCAGAUCUCUGGAAAGAAGAUUUAGCAGCUUUCAUUGAAGAGCUUGAUAAAGUAGAAGCUCAAGAAAGAGAAGAUAUUUUGGCUGGCAUGGCUGGCAAACCAAUAAAGGGUAAAGUUGGUAAACCCAAGAUGAAGAAACUUCAGUUAGAAGAGACCAUGCCAUCCCCAUUUGGUAGAAGAAUAGUUCCACAGGUUACAUCUGCCAUGAAAGCUGAUGCUAGUAAGAAAUUGCUAAAGAAGAAGAAGGGUGAUCUUGAUUCUCUAGCAAUAAAAAUGGAAUUUGAUGAGGAAUUUGGCGUAACCCCGGCAGAGGGUGGUGGCGGCGAGGACUCACUGAAUACAUCUGUCUCAGUGUCUAAAACUCCUAAAACCAAGAGGGAGAAAAAGGAGCCUGGUACCAGGGUGAGAAGAACACCAUCUUCCACAAAAUCCACUGCAAAAAAAGUGAAGAAACGAAACCCUUGGUCAGAUGAUGAAUCCAAGUCUGAAAGUGAUUUAGAAGAAAAUGAACCUGUGAUUAUUCCAAGGGACUCUUUGCUUAGAAGAGCUGCAGCUGAAAGACCCAAGUAUACUUUUGAUUUCUCAGAAGAGGAAGAUGAUGCUGAUGACGAUGAUGCCAACAAUAAUAAUGAUUUAGAUGAACUGAAAGUAAAAGCAUCUCCGGUCAUAAAUGACCGAGAGGAUGAGUUUGUUCCAUCAGACAGUUUAGAUAAAGAUGAAUAUGACUUCUCUCCAGUCAAAUCAAAACCUUCACCAGAUAGAAAAACAUCUCACGACAAGAAGAAUCAAGAUUUUGGAAACCUGUUCUCAUUUCCAUCUUAUUCUCAGAAGACAGAUGAUGAUGCAACAAAAUUAGACAGUGAAUGAAGAGGAUUCUGCUCCAGUUUUCUCAUCUUCAUUUACCCUGAAACAAACAGAAAAAACUCAAAGGUAAAACAGUAGCUGCCUAAAAAAAGCAAAACCAGCUUCAGACAUACCGUCGAAACCUAAAAGAUCUCCCAAGCGGAAGAAGAUGGAAAUUAUAAACUCUGAUUCAGAUUCAGAAUUUGGCAUUCCAAAGAAGACUGCACCACCCAAAGGAAAGGGUAGAGGAUCAAAGAAAAGGAAAGCAUCUGGUUCUGAAAAUGAAGGUGAAUACAACCCUGGGAAGAAAACACCCAAGUCAGCCCCAAGCAAGAAAUCCAAGAAAGCCUCCUUUGACCAGGAUUCUGAUGUAGACAUCUUUCAGUCAGACUUUGCUUCUGAACCAGCAUCUAAGCCACGGAUGGGUCGGGCUAGAAAAGAAGUGAAAUAUUUUGCAGAGUCUGAUGAAGAUGAUGAUUUUACUAUGUUUAAUUAAGUGCCCAAAGAGCACACAAACAUUUUCCAACAAAUAUCUUGUGUUGUCCUUUUGUCCCUUCUGUCGCAGACUUUUGUACAUUUGACUUAUUUUAUGUGAUGAUGUAAUUGAUGGUUUUUAUUGUGUGUAGGCAUUUUAACAUUUUGUUCUUACACCUACAGUUUUAUGAUCUUUUUUACUCAUUGAAAUGUCAUGUAUUUGUCUGACUGGCUCGUAGAAAUGUUUUAGUCAGCUGUGCUAAAGCACAUAUUUUAAUUGUCAUGGUUGCAAACUGCAGACCUGCUUUUUGAAAUGAAGUUUAAACAUUAAAAAUGGAAAACUGUCA